GACUUGUUUUUCCAAACUUGGACAUUUCAAAGCUUCACGGGGGCUCCUCUUUGAGUUGCUGCUUUAGCUGAGAUACAGUAGACUCUCCCCAGCAGGACUUCUCACAAAGAAGCUUAACUCCACUUUUUAACCGCUUGAUUGCGUUGACUUUUUUGCUGCCUUUAUUUUUUUUAAUUUUUUUACAGAGCACACACGUUAAAGACACUUAACCCUCCCACUAAGAAAGAAAAAAACUAAACUAAACAGUAUUUUCUUUGAGGUCCUCUCUGAAAGUGCAAAGUGAACUGGAAGAGAGGAGCUCAUCUACACUACGUCUCUGUCUCCCACACAUACACACACACACGCUCACACAAACACACACACACAGUUGGCUGUUGUUGGCAGUGACUGGGGUGCUGUGAGGAGAGUGGGGCUCAGUGUGACCAGGCAGAGGCCAGUGUUGCAGGCAGGCAGGCAGGCAGAGGAGAGAGUGUUGAGCAGCAGAAACGUGCUCGGGGUGGAUAAACCAUGCUCACUAAGUGGGAGAAAGACUCUGCCCAGGACACAAGAUGAAGGCAGAGAGGAAGACCUCCUCUACAGGCGACAGUUUUACUGACAUUCCUCCUCUACUGACGCUCUUUGGCCUCCUCCUCCUCUUUCUGUUCACAGGUAAGUCAAGGAUCUCUCUCAAACUUUGCUAUUCUUAAAAAGAUAAGACAAGUGGAUUAUUUUUUUAAUUCAACUCCAUUCAGCAAAGAAAAAAUAGACUUGGCCUGUAAUUGGUUACUGUGGUUUCAAUUAAGAUAUAUCUGCCUCACUUUAAAGCCCUUAGCUUACUGUCUUUUGCAUUUGUUAUUUAACUCAUUAGAAAAAGUUAAUGCUUAGUUUCCUGCCCUUUGAGGCGAAGUCAAUCCAGGUUGAAUUAGUUGUAGAUGUCAUUUCUUGUCCUUGUGAUCCACGGUCUGAAACACAAUGGAUUCGUUCAUGGGUGGCGCUCUGUAAUGGGCCCCCAUUGCCAGCUUAAAGGAAGUGGAGUGGCUAUUGUAGGUGUUUGAGGAAAGAAAAAGCAGGUUAAGUAGGAGGGUGUAAACUUUUUAUGGACAUAAAGCAUCUAUUUUUUUUUCAAUGCUGGUGGAUGAGAUGAUUUGAAGUAAAAUAAGUUUUAAAAAGUUUGGCAAAUGCUGUUUUUUGUAGUCUUAAUAUUUGAUGACAUUUGUGCCAUGGAGCACAUUUACCCAUAAGGCCAGUUUUGGUAGAGUCACUGAGUCUUGUGUCAAUCUCCAACUUCACCAGUGACAAAGACUUUCUCUCUAACACUCUCUCACUCUUUUCGAGGGAGGAAACUAGUUCCAACAAUCGUGCCCUUUGUCUUAUCGCCUUGGCAACCCCUGUCAGGCGGACCAAAUGGUUACCACGGCAAUGAGGCGAUGCCCUGCUAACUGCCUCACUGCAGAGAAUAGUGAACAGUGCCGGCUUUCCCUCUCCUCCCUCUCUCUUGUAGGUUGAUCUUUCCAUCACUGAGGCCCUAACAGUAGGAUGUCCCUCUUAGGCACGCAGCCAGUGUUUGAACCUCCAUGUGUUCAGCUCCAGCUGAAUUAUAGGAACCUCCACUGUGAACAUAAUAACUGCGCUGUGUUUGGUUUCCCAGACAGGGCUGUCCUAUAAAGGAUGAAAUGCGGCCCACAUUGUCAUACCUUAUCCCCAUGGGAGUUAAAGGAUAAUUGGGGAACACAAAUCAAAAUUAGUGUAUUACUUGUUCACAACAAGGGGUGAAGAAUUCCUGAGGGGAGACAUGUUUAAGACAAAAUUAGACAAAUGAGCUGGGAUUCAACAAUUGUGUGCAUGAGUUUUGUUUCAGUGCAUAUAAUUCAGGAGGUGUUGACAGGAGAAAAUGUGCGAAAAUAUUUUUUUAGAGAAGUCUGUCACCAAGACAAAGAUGUAUGCACUAUAUUCUUUUGUUGCUUUCACUCAAAUUUGGGGAUUUUUAGCAGUUGUGGAAAUGAAAUAUGUAUACCCUCGAAUAUUUUAAAUCUUAACCCAAUAAAGCAGUUUUUAUUUUAUUAUUAUUAUUUUUUAUUUGAAUAGCUUGUGAAAAGUCAUCCCAGAAUUUAACUCCUCUGUAAUCAGUACCAAAUUCAAAUGCAAAAUUGGUCGACAAAAAAAUUAAAUUUGCAAAAUUGAGUUCUUUACUGUUAUUUCAUAUACAGUUCAAAAUGGAAGCACAUGUUUAGAGGACAUAAAAAAUUACCUUUCAACAAGUGUGGAGAAGAACAGCCUCUGAACACAUCACUACAAUCCCAUUUUUAUCUAAAAUCAGAUUAGAGACUUUGAUACUAGCAUGUCACCGAUAUUGUUGGACAUGUUGUACCUUCAUAAAAGGACUUUGUUAUUUUGCAGGGACUUUGUAUCCAUACCUGUUGUCAACUGUGUGGUCUCUAUUAUGCUUGUUCUUGUAGUAAUAGUAGUAAUUAGUGUAGCACUAAUUACUGUGUCUUUGCACAAGGCCUCUAUUGUUACACUGCGUUGUUGAUUUCUCUGGUCUGUGCUGACUGGCAGAGCAUCAGAGGCUGCCGCGGGCCUUUAGUGUUUACUUCUACUAUCUUUGAGUUUGCCUCUCUGCUGCUCAGUUUAAGCCCUCAAAUCUCUUUUUUUGUCAAGGUGAGGUGUCAGGGGUGAACGUGACAAGCCAAACCCAGCUAGUGAGGGGCACAGUUGGCAGAGAGGCCCUCCUGUCAGUCAGCUACUCCAGCAGCAGCUCAGACAAGCCUGUGAUCAAGUGGCAGAUAAAGAGGGACAAAGACAAGCCCAUCACCGUUGUGCAGUCCAUUGGAACAGACAUCAUAGGGAACCUGAGGCCGGAGUACCGCAACCGUAUCCUGGUGUUUGAGAACGGUUCGCUGCUGCUUCACAACCUGCAGCUGACAGAUGAAGGCGCGUACGAGGUGGAGAUCUCCAUCACAGAUGACACCUUUACUGGAGAUCACUACAUCGAGCUCACAGUGGAUGGUAAGCUUGAGUUUUUAUAAUGCUGCAGUGAGGAGUUUAAAGCUGGUUAGGAAACAGAUAUUGACAGUGAUGGUUCUUUAUGACAAAUACAAGCUGAAAAAUAACUAAUUUACCUCUUUUUUUAAACAAACACUUCUUACCCAUGUAGUGAGUUAUCUUUUUCCAAAACAUCUGAGCAGAACUCUGAAGUGGAUUUUUAGCUUUAAAAAAAUUAAUACAAGUUGAAAGAGCAUCAUCUCACCCCAGAGAGUGUAAUUUUAAUAUAAUUUCUGACUCAAAGUGUUUGUGGAGUUCUUUUUAAGUCACUAACUUGUAUCUUUUCAUCAUCUUUCCUUUUAUAAGCAGAGAUCAAGGACUCACUUAUGCUGUAUAUUUGCGUUUCAAACAAAAUCCCUGUCUUUGUCCUACUCAGUCCCCGUGUCCAAGCCCUACAUCCAGAUGAUGGCCUCAUCCGUCCUGGAGUACAGCGAGUACUUCCACCUCCACUGUGCCCAUGAUAACGGCACAAAGCCCGUCUACGGUUGGCUGAAAGGAGGCCAGGUGCUGACCAAUGACACGCGCCUGCUGCUCUCACACGACCAAAAGGUGCUGACCAUCAAUCGUGUUCUGAUGUCAGAUGAUGACGUUUACACGUGCACUGUGGAGAACCCCAUCAGCAGCAUGAAGAGCAUACCUGUCAGGCUCACCGUCUACAGUAGGUGGCAUGUUAGACGGGUAGGAUCUCAAGUUAUACCUGCUCAUUAAAGAUAAAGAAAACUCUUACAAGGUUUGGCCUGGAGUGUUAGCACAUUGUAUUUCAACUGUGAUACUACCUUUGAGAGAUUUACAACCUAAAACUUGGUGUAGAAGUUACAUUUUUGAUUUCUAGGUCGAAUCAAAACCAGCCAGUAUUGAGGAGUGUAAAUACCCUGAGAAUCUAAUUAUGAAAACUGUGCAUAUUUCAGCUCAUUGUUUAGCAGCCACCCAUUCUCAGUAGCUAGCAGAAGCAAUUAUCAUCUCAUGCCGAUCCAUACACAAGCAUGCCUGCCUCUCAAACAAUGUUGUUUACAACUAGUGCAAAUCCAGGCAGAGUUGGCCCACGGUGGUUGUUACUGGGCGCCAGUAGAGCACCACAUGUCAGGCUGAGUGAGAGGGAGAGGCUGUGUCAUCCAAUGAAUGGAUGGUUAUUUAUGAGGAGGGAGCAGAAAAAGAAGUCAGGUGGGGAGGAUGCUUUGCCUCAGUGGACCUCAGUAAUCCUCACUUCAUUAUUGCUGUACUGUGAUGGUGCUGCAUGAUGAGACAGCUACAGGGACUUCAAACUGCUCUCUGCUCUCUCUGCAUGCUUAGCAGCACGACACAAAUUCCCAAAGGGACUACCUUAAUGUGCUUCUUCACUGCACCGUAUUCAUGCAACCACAUUUAUAAUAGUUUGAAGGCAACAUAGAACAGGCAGUUAAAAGUAGUGCAUGCUCCAUAUUCCUGCAGUGUUUCAUGAAAAGUUUGAAGUUUAAAGAAAGAUGGAUGAUCCAAAUUAGAACAUAUUUCAUCUUAAGGACAGAUGUGAAUUUCUGAAAUGUUCUUUUCCAUGGUCCAACGGUAUUAAUACUGUAUAAUGGGAGAGCACGCCAAGUCUUAAUGCUUUACUGAGAAGGAAAAGUGCAAGUCAGUGGUUCACCAAACAGAAAGUAGAAAUUCCUCACUGUUACUGACAAACCUUUCCUUCUUUCUUUCUUUUCUUGUCUACUUCUCCGUAUUCCUCUGGUUUAGGACGGAGCUCGCUAUACAUCAUCCUGUCCACCGGCGGCAUAUUCCUCCUAAUCACCCUGGUGACGGUGUGUGCCUGUUGGAAACCAUCCAAGUGAGACGUGCUCUUUCUUUUUUUCCCCCCUUUUCCCUCUUCUGUCCACCCGUUUCUGUCCUCCUCUCUUUUUCCCCUCUCCUUCGCAUUGGCUUUGAUAUUGCACUUAAGGAUGUGAGCAGAAUCUCAAACAGCUCAACAGUGCCACCCUACCCUGAGCGUUUACUGGAAAAAGAAAAAAACAGUGUAACCUGUUGCUUUUGUAUGGUGCAAUCUGGCAGAAGAUUUUGAUGCGUCUUUGUGUGAUGUGACUUUAUUCUUCCACUCACUUCAGAAAGAAACAUCGACCUGUCCCCCAAAGAGCUCCCGUCUAUGUGGAGCAGAGUGAAAAUGGUCAUGAUGGUAAAAACAACAACAGUUCACCAUCCACAUUUUUAAAAAGCAAAGCAACACUUGAAAAUAAUUUUACAUAUCAUAAAAAAGCCCAAUUAACUUUAAUGUAGACUGGUGGUUCUAUAUUCAUUAACACUUUUCUUUUGCAGUUGAUGUCGUUCCCAAACCAUCUACACUUGGCAGAAGGAGCCCCAUGCCUCUUUAUGUUCUCAAUGAAGAUGUAGGUCAUUUAAACUGUUAAUUUCUAUUUCAAAUCAUUUUGGCAUAAAAUGUUUUUGCCAAAAAUGUUUGCCAUAAGUUUGUUGAUGUUAAACUGAUUUGAUUCCAUGCAUCAAUUGUUCACCAUUUUAGUUGAGCUUCAGAUCAAAGUAGUUUUGAGAUGUUAGUCAAAAACCAAGGAAGUAACUCAUAACUGUGAUUCUCAAGAAAUAAUUGUACCGAGUCAAUUUUAAUCCAGCCAAAAUCCAAAUUUAGUUAUGAAGUAGGAAGCUAAUGAAGGUAGGCCAGAACAGGAUAUUUUGUUCUCAUUAGCAUGCUUUGCACUUGCAAACCAGAAACCACAGUAAAGCCCUGCACCAAACCAUUUUGUUUACCCUGCUCCCACUGGGUUCCUGACCACCUACUCUUUGCUGCACCAACACAAUAUGUAUGGCCAAUCCCACACACACACCUACACACCUACAAAAAUUCUGACAAUUCCUGUCUUCCUUAUUGUGAUGCUUCUUGGUUGGAUCAAAACUCCUUAAACAUGUCAUGUAUGUCUUCGUAGAUUCCAACUUUUAGAGUUCAUGCAUGUGCAGAAAUUUUGAAAGAAACUGCUUAAAAAUAAGGAAUUUUAUUCUUAAAGUAGUGAUUUGUGUAUUCACAUUCAUGAGGGUUCAUCUUCUGGGCUGACAUACUUUUACGGUGACUCCAUUAGUUUUCAAACUUUUUCCCUCAAAACUAAAAAUAUUCACACCUUUGACCUUGCUAGGAAUGGCAUCAGUCACAUAAAACAACAAAACUGACUUUAAAAUGUGUUUAUCAUUCACAGGAGACACUGGAGCGUCUGGAGGAAUGUCCUGGCAAUGCUGUCAGCCAAUCAGAAUUGAGUAUUCCUGCUACUUACGCCCCAGUCCUUCCCCCAUCUUCCAACAGAACUGACCGGCCUAUCUGGUCUGCCCCACGCAGAUACCCACGAAGCCCCUCUCCACUGGCACAGCCCCUCCCACAGCCGAUUCCGGGUCCACCCCUACGCCCUGUCCGCUCACCUGCCCAAUCCCCUUGUUCAUCCCCACGUAGUUUCAGCCCCAUUAGAAAAGCCCGUCCUCCUGCAGGCAUCCCAUCCAGUCUCCUGCCCACAGAGGCAGAGUGUCAGGAACCAAGCGAUCAGACUCAGUGUCCAUCACAGCAGUAACAGCUGCUUGGAUCUAUGUUUAUAUUCUGUGAAAUGUAAAGCACAUGUAUAGUUUGUUGGUAUUCCUGUUGCAUCCAGCCUCUUGGAUAAUGGAUUUGACGCUCUAGGGUAAAAAAUGAAUUUCCUUUCAGCUAACUCUAAAUAUUUCAUUAUUUAUCAUCUAUUUCUCUACAGCUAUGCACAAUUCUGUAGUCUCUUGAUAAUUUUCUGCCAUAUGAGAUGGGAUAUUUUUCAAAGAACGUGUAGUUUAUCAUGUAUAUGAUGCUGAAAAAGAUUUCCAACUCCAGUUUAUAUUUGGAAUUUGAUGAAUUAAUGAUGAAUGGGAACUUUUGAUAAGAACCUGUACAUAUUUAAGUUAAUAGUUUCUGGUCUGGUGCCUUUUCUUUCAGCUCAUUUUGUUUGGUUAGUUGUUUUACUGUUAGAAAAUGAAUUAAACAACAAAGUUUAUUCCUAUUCAACAUUUAGUCAUUAAGGUAAUAAAAAAACAUAAAGAAAGA